AUUGAUUGUUGAUGAUGAUUUAAGUGUGUUUAAACGACGUAGUUCCGAGCACCUCUAGGGGACAAGGGAAUUUAGAUGAAUAAAUAACAAAAUAAAUGCAAAACCCUACAAAAAUCCCUAAACCCCCAAUGUACAAUCACAAAAUCUGAAAAAUCCAAUUUAAUGAUUUUGUUUCUCCAAAAACCCUAAAUCCAAAAAUUGAUCAUUUUGAAAAUGGCGUCUCGCUAUAGAUCUAUUACAAACUCAAGUCUCACACUCCUCAAAUCCACCGUCAACAGGCCUACACUCAAACCCAACUCCAUACCUUCUCUUCUCUCUUCUCGCUCUUCUCUUACAUGUUCAAGGUCAUUUCCGCGAUUGGGUGCUCUCCAAUCGCUGCUUCCACUGCACUCUGCUGUCUCUUCAGCUAGGCUAACCUCGUGCCUUGGUAUCGAUUCGAGGAGCUCUAGGUCGUUGUCUCAGGGUAUGCUCUCCAGUGCAAACCCAGGAGUUUGAUUUAAUCUCCAAAUCUUUUUGUUUUAGUAUGUAACUAGGUCUCAGUGUGCCGCGAUAACGGAUUCAAGAUAGAAGAUGGCUGACAGAUCAUAGUCAUUGCCUCUCUUCAGUUGCAUCCUUUUUAUGUAAAAUGGCUCCAUCUGAGAGGGGUUAGCUGCAAGAUUUUGAAAUAUUGUUGGAUUUCACAUGCAUUCUCAUGGAUUGAAGCAUCAAUUGACAGAAUGGUGUUUUAUUGACAAAUAAGAAUCCUUUCCGAAUAUGCAUAUGUCUUUGCUUAGUAUUCUUGAAUGUUCAUCAAUUUUUUACUUCAGCUACUCUUGAGUAUUGACAAUUCAAACUGGAAUUGCAGUUGUGCUCCCUUUCAUUCUUUGAUAUUAUCGUGAUGGGAGAUGGGCAAUGCAUAUUCAUAUA